UUGUGUCAUGUAUUGUACAAUUGAUUACCAGUUAUAAAGCGAAUUUAUAAGCUGUGACAGAGUUAUACACAUAAACAUUUUUGAGGAGUUUAAUCGCUUUUCUCGAAGAUAUUAUUACAGACAUCUGUGCACAUCUCUUCACCGCGUUUUUAUAUUUACAAUGGGUCGUUUGUAACAAUCGGAUUAUUGGGGUUGACCCUCAUUGUAUUCUGAACAAAAAUACUAACACACAUAAUCUUGUUGGAAUAUAAAAAAAGAAAAUCAUUUAGUGAGGACUAUUGCAACAAUUCUGACCAGGACACGUGAAUGUUUCAGGAUGGGGAAAAGUACUGUACUAAGCGUUAUAAUCAUCUGCUCAGUUUUCAUAGUUUACUUUUGCAGUUUGUCGACGAGAACUUCUUACACAAAAUACUGGCAAGAAUGGAAAAGAAUAGAAAACAAUCAUAAUAAAAAUGAUAAAGAUGGCUCUCCGCCAGAGCAUUCUAGAUCGUCAUCGACAAUGGAGGAAGAAAUGGCAGAAAGGAAGCGUAUUUUACGUGCGUUUUGUGAAAACGUGACCAUUGGGCUUUACAAUUUCAAUUUUUCUCAAGUGAAGGAAAAGUACUAUAAAGACGGUAAGGCGGGAAUGUCGUACUGUAAGGUCCCCAAGGCUGGGAGCUCUCUGUGGACACAAAUCUUUAUGACAUUCCGGGCGUACAUGUACCACAAACAAGUGGAAAAUAAAACAAAAACUAUUCAGAAAAUAUUUCACAAAAGUAGAAGCAGACUCCAUGUUUCCAGUCCAUUUCUAUCCUCAAAUGCCCCAUCUAAAAACGACACAUAUCUAAAUAUUGUAAUGGCACGCGAUCCAUAUUCGAGACUUUUUUCUGCAUAUGUUGACAAGAUAUUUCUUUUGAAUAAGUUACGAUAUCCUCGUCAAAUAUCAGAAAAUAACGGAAAAUCGCCGGUCUCUUGUGGGUAUAACGUUACUUUUCAGGAAUUCGUGGACUACGUCAUUAGUAGGGCCGAGAACGGAUCAAAGAUCAACAGACAUUGGUCACCCAUUUAUUUAUUAUGCAGGCCAUGUGACGUGAGGUAUGACGUUGUCGCCAAGAUUGAAUCUUUUACAAAAGACAUGAAAUAUAUUUUGAACCAUUCUGAUGUGUCUGAUUAUGUGAAAGAUGUAUUGCUGGAUAUAUUACAGGACAAAACAAAUAUUGACGGCUUACUAGAUACGUACAUGCGACAAUGGAAAACACACAAAGAAAAAUGUCCUUCGAUAAAAGAUUAUUUAAUCAAGCUAUGGAAAGCGCUACAAUUUCAAGGCGAAAUAAACUUUGAUUUGUCGUUUCCAACGGCGGAAUUUCCUUCUCUCCAGAAAACAACACCGAAUAUAAUGAACGUUACUAAGGAUCUCCAGCAGUGUGUCACAAAGAAUAGGCUGACGAGAGAGAAGCGAAGGAUUCAGAGGAGAGGGGUACUGGUUAACGCUUAUAGCACAAUCAGAAAUUCAACGAUAACACAGAUUCAAGGAUUAUUCAAGCUGGAUUUCCUUUUAUUCCGAUACGAUUUAUCCCCACCAUAAUUUGCAAAGUCUAGAGUUGUCGAUUAUUUACUAAACAGCGUACGAAUAUUUUUAAUUAUAUACUAAAAUGAACGAUUUCCAUAUGUGAUUAACUGUGUUUUUAUAAGUGCAGAUACAUUGGGAUGCUACGUAUUAUAGGGAUAUAUAAACAGAAGAGUAGAAAACGCUCUGUACAAUCACAUGCGUACAAUGUAUGUUUAUAAUAGACUUCCUGUUUAGUGCAA